CUAGCUAAGUAUGAAGCAGAACGCAAAGAAAACAAAAAACUGAAUAAAGUUCCAUCAUGAAGGCCUGCCGUUUUUCCCCACAUGUUUCACUAAUAUUGUCUACUUUGCUAUGUUUAACUAAAUUGCAAUAACUGAAAGAACAAACAAAGCAACAUGGAGGGCUUUUUUAAAUGGACGAAGAAAAGAAAGGUAGCUAAAUGUGCUGCACAAUUUACGGACGAUGCGGAUGAAAAGAAUGAAGUGACCACUGAUGACUGGAGAAGUUUAUUGCCCCACAAACGAAUAAUGCUGGAAGAUAGCAUCAGCAAAAGUAACAGAUUGAUUAACGAAGGCAUUUCAUUAGCAGAGAAAGAAAGAUAUUGGGAAGCAAACAGUAAGUUUAAAGAAGCUGCCGCGUUGACUCCAAGAGUUGCUAAAAUAUAUGAAAUGCAAGCUCAGGUCUUGUUGGAGUUAGGUGAAGUAUUUCCAGCAGUACAAGCUGCUGAAACAGCCGUAAUGAUUGAACCGCUUUGGGCAGAAGCACAUCAAACUGUUGGGAGAAGUCAAAUAAGUAUAGGUGAAAUUGAAAUUGCUUUAAAAAGUUUUUCCCGUGCAUAUCAUUUGGACCCAAGCAAUAAAGAGAUAUACGAGGAAGAUAUAUGCUACACAAAAGAACUUAUAAAAGAGAAGGCCCGACUGGAAAAGCUGUCCUCUCAGAAAGACGAUACCACAUCCUUGUGUGCUGUUUGUUGUACAAAAGUCGAACAUAAAGCCGGAAUAGAGAAGCCCGUGACGAAACAAACUGUAAACGCACAACCCGUAGAAACCUGCAAUGGACAGCCUGCAACAGAGGGAUCUAUAACAGACCAAACUGUCGCUAAUAAUCUCGCAAAUAGCAUGAGUAACGGUGGUCUUACCUAGCAUAAACAUGACGCAUUCACUUUGUUUGACGAGAUCAUCGAUGCAGCACUAAAUUACCUAACAUUCUAUAUACUCUCUGGUGUAUGUACAACCUAAUGUGAAAAAAUAUAUGUUAUGGUGCACGAAUUUUCUUACAAGUAAGAAGUGUCUAACAUUUAACGGUUGUGGAUCAAGGAAUGCUUUCAGUGGGGAAGUUGACAAAAUUUGCAUACAGCUUCAGAUUUACAAGAGUACUAUGCAUAAUAACUGAACUUAUCAUAUUGGGAAGCUGCAC